UAAAAGAAUGCCUGGAGGGAAAUUUACAAGUAGUUUGCUUCGAGAAAAGCAAUAAAAUAGGUGGCCUAUGGAACAUAAAAGAUGGGAAAAAAGAUGAAGAUAACAAAGGGCCGACCGUGUAUCCAUCUCUUGUGAUGAACACCUAUAAAGAGCUGAGUGCAUUAAGUGACCAUCCGGUCCCAGACGAUUGGCCAAAUUUCCUACCAUGGACUUUGUUCUUGAAUUAUAUUGAAUCAUACGAAGAUCGCUUCCAACUGAGGCGGCAUAUUCAAUUCAAUGAGGAAAUAGUAGAAGUCUCGCGAAUAGAUACGGAAAGUCCCGGCGGCAGAGGCUGGAAAGUUGUGCAUAAAAAUUCUACAACAGGUUCAGAGUCAACCGAUACAUUUGAUGCUGUAAUUGUGGCUACUGGUGUGUACUCUGAAAAUUAUUGGCCAGCUUACAAAGGAAUGGAUGUUUUCAAAGGAACGUUCAUUCAUAGUGGUGCUUUUUGGACUGCUGAUGAAUAUAGAGAUAAAGAUUUACUCGUUGUAGGUGGGUCGUUUUCUGCUGGAGAUGUAGCGACCGAAGCUGCGAGAGUUAGUAGAAAUGUCUUUAUCAGUGCGGAGAACGGUUUCUGGGUUUUCCCUCGGCUUCUAGACGGAAAACCUAAUGAGUACCAGCACAGCACCAGGAUUAUCAAUGAUAUCACCUCCAUCGAAGAUCUGGAAGCAUCCUUACAAGAAAAGGUAGCAAAACAUGUUGAUCCUUUCGAAUAUGGAUUCAAUCCUAAAAAAGGACUUUCCCAGCAGUCAUUCAUUGCAAACGACGAGAUUUGGCGAAUGAAGCGAGCUGAUAGAGUGCACGUUGUGCCAGGUGUCAAAGAAUUUACAGGAGAUUCCGUCAUUUUCAGUGACGGCUCUACCCAGCAUAUUGACCACGUGGUAUUUUGCACAGGAUACAAAACAAAAUGUUCUUUUUUGAAGGACAUCCAGCAUGAUUCUGUGUUUGAUCUGAACUUAUACAAACAAAUGUUUCCCGUUGGAGUCCCAUGGGCGGAUAAUACAUUGGCUUUUGCUGGGUUCUGGGAGUUUCUUGGUGGUUUUUUUCCGUGUGUGGAAUUACAAAGUCGCCUCAUCGUCAGUGUCUUCCGGAGGAAGCUUAAAUUACCCGAACGUGAAGAGAUGCAGAAAUGUAUUGACACUACAAUGGCUGACAGCGAGCUUCAGUGGGGCAAGCCAUCAAUAAAGACCGUACCGUAUGUUUGUAUGAUGGAUUUAGCGGACCAGAUGGGUAUUCAACCUGAUAUAGCUGAUAUCAAGGUCAACGAUCCAGAGCUGGCAGAUCGCAUUCUGGAAGAUAUACUACUUCCCUGUCAAUUCAGGUUACACGGAGAUGGUGCGAAAUACGAUCAAUCCAGAGAAAGGAUUGUAAACCAUUCAACACGACUAAAAAAUGGGCAACAUGGAUUUCCCUAUGUUUCUAAAGAUGGAGAAACCGUGUACGACCAGGGUUGUCAUUGAAAAUGAUUAUUGAUAAUAGACACUAAUACUACUCAAUGUUUCCUGAAUAACAUACACAUUUGUUGAAAUGAAAUAAAAAUGGCAGUGUUUGUGUUCUGAUGAAGGAAAGUGCAAUUCUGUUAAAAGAUAUAAGCUGUGAUAUUAUUUCGUGUAUAUUCAAUUUCAUACAUAUUUGUCGUGAAUCUAAGAGAGGUAAUUAUAAGGGGUAAUAACCUAUUAUCUGGUGAAAUAAUCUUUUAUCUGAUGAAAUAAUUGCAUAGUAUUAUUGUAAUGCUUUUCUAAUAAAAGAAC